AUGGUAAUGUCAUCUUUGCCAAAGUGCACCUUGAAUUGUGGUGGAACGAUAUCACGAAGAAAAAUCAAAUGCGGUAAAAACGACAAUUUUCUGAUGAUCAAUUAUAUGUACGUGGGGACGCCGAAACGCAAGAUGGUUUGCUACGUGCGCGAGAGACGCGUUUAUCGCAACGUCGAGAUCACUUUCGAGGAAUUUCUUGAUUAUCUCAUCGACGUUUGCGACGAUUCGUCGAUUUCUCUUCAUUAUACGAUCGUUGAUCAAUACCUGCCAAUCAGUACCACUGGCCAACUGCACACUUUCUUUCAACAUGUCCACAACGACUCCAAUAUGAUGCUCUAUGUGGAGAACAAGGAUUACGUCUGGAAUGUACAACAGAAGGACGCGUUCAAAAAGAAGAAGCGUCCGACGUGCCCGAACGCGAAUCGUCCGGUCGAUGCCGAGGGAAACGCGUGCAAUUGCGAGGAAUGCACUAAUGCGUUGUAUGGAAGUGAUUCGGAGUGCGAGGAUGAGGAUAGCCUCGAGGACGAAGAGAGUGAUGAGGAUGAGGAGCUCGACGAGGAGGAUGAGGAGGAGGAGGAGCAAGAAAGUCAAGCAUCGUCGGAGAACAGAGCUUCAUCUCCAAUUCGCGUUGCCAAGAAAAUGCCCAACAACGGCUCAAACGGAUCAGCAAGUCUCAACGCCGAGGAAAACGACAGCGAUGAACAGGUCGUCGUUGGUCAGACGGCGCCGCCGGCAACUCCGCCUAGGGAGAAGUUCGAUUACAAGGAUCGCAAUGCGCUUAGAAAAUAUGUCAAGAAAAUUCUCGAAUCUUACGAUUUCGCUUCGAUGAACGAGGCGAGCUUGGAGCCGGACUGCAUUGACAUUGCUGAAAAGCUUAUUAAGUUUUGCGCGCCGACUGGGUCUCGUCUCGAAAAAGCCACACUCAAAAAGUGUCGAAAAGUACUGAAGUUUACCGUUGGCGCCAAGAUUGUCUCCUAUUUUCACGAUAUUUUUGCGAAAGGCGUCGAUAAGGAUGUGGCGUUUGAUACAAUGUUCAAUGAAGCCAUCGAAGAAGUUUCGAACUCUAUCGAAGUUCAACGCCACUUCACCAAUUUGGGAGAUGCUCUUUUCUCUUUGGAGCAGAUCAAUGCGGAUUGCGCGGCGAUUGGAUACGAUCCAGUGCGUGUUCCACAUCGUGCGAUUCAUCAAUCAUUGAUCAAUGCUCUUCGCGCGUUCCGCUAUGUCCGUCAAAAUUUUUACAAUGCGGUGAGCUUCAGAGAUUGCGAUUGCAAGCAGGAACUCGACGUUUUCGAAAAGACCCUCGAGGUGAACGAGACCCGCUUGAGAGGUGAUAGUCUGGAUUACGGGAAUGAGACGAAGAAUAUGUUUUGGGAGUCGACCUGCAAAAUCAUCAAGAGCAGCAUCGAUAGGAUCUUGCAGAAAUUGUGCGAGAGACAUAGUCUGAUGGACGCGGUAUUCAUUUCUGAUUCGGAAUCGAAUACCGAAUCCGGUGAUCAGAAUUGUGUCUCGGAGACGAGUGAUGAGGAGAUGUUGGUCGAGGGUGAGCCGGAAGCCGAUCGCGGUGAAAUCGAGCCGAUUAGUUCAGGAAUUGCUGAAAACUCGACGGAAGCGUCGACCCAAACCACUACUGGCAAAAAGACUCCGAGUCCGGAAUUAAUGCGUCUCAUCGAGGAAAUGAUGAAAAGUAUUCCGCCUCCCCAUAAGCUUGUUUAUCCUCCGAUGCCAAAGCCGGGUGCGAUCAUGAUUCCUACGGGUGGACUUGCGCGCUGCCGCUGUUCAAAGGACUGCAUCCACACGCUCAAUGAGCCAGCUUACGAGUACAUGGAGCGCUUCAACGAGCCUCGUCAGGCGAUCACACUGGCGACGACGCGCAACACCGUUCGAAAAGGAAUCUACAGUUUUGUGAUUUUCGAAGUCACUGCGUUUUUUGCUGCGUUUGCUGCUUUUCGGGUCCUACGACGAAGUGAAGAGAAAAGAAAAUAUUUGUAUUUGAAUUGGCCUAAACUCGCUUCAUCUUAUUAUUGGAUCGAAGAUACGAUUUCAUUUGGGCAAUUGACGACGCUGAUUCUUGGCACGAGCGCGCUAAUGGCGAUCACAUGCGGCUAUAUUUACGAAUAUUGGCAAAAGAACAAACCGGCGCCGGAGAUUCCGGUUCAGGCAUGGGAUAAAUAUGUGAAACAGCGACAAGAAGCUGGAAAAGAUAUCUGA